AACACCCUCAAUAUUAUUGUUUACGUCAAGCAGGGGGUCAAGGACGGCGUCACCAUUACGUUCAUCGCUCUUUCAGCGUGGGACCUCGCUAACUGCGCCCUCUGUCUGAUGACGGUUGUCUGCUUCAUCAUCAACGAUCACUUUCCACUCCGAGACGCAGACAUCUUGGCGAUACAGUACGUCUACAUCGGCUACACACGGGGAUGUACCUACGUCUUAUCCACAAUCGUCACAGUUUAUUUAUCAAUCGAGAGAUGUAUCUGCAUAGUGGUUCCUUUCAAAGUCAAAGAUAUUUUCACCAAAACCAGAGCCGUGUAUACGAAUAUUGGCAUAGUGGUUUUUGGAAUGGCGUGCUUUGCGCCUGCGUGGGCGACGCAGACUCUGCAAUGGAAGGCAGACGACGCACGAAACAUGACGCGGCUCGUGUUGCUGGUGUCUGACAACAGACGUCAGAUUGACAUUUUCGUGGACACAUUCAACGGCAUCGUCUUGCCCACCGUGGCGCAAAUCAUCAUCACAAUAAGCGCCUUUAUCAUGAUCUCCGGAAUCAAGUCGUCUGCCAAGUUUCGCCAGCGCGCCGCCGUGGAGGGACAGACUCAGGGCGUUGCUGCUAAACACGCCAACGGCGUCAGGGAGAGCCCGAAAGAAAUCGACGGGUCGUCCAAAGUGAUGACCAACAAGGACGCCAGGGUGGCUCAGGUGGUCGUGCUCGUCGCUGUCAUCUUCUUCAUCUGCAACCUGCCCGUUCUGCUGGUGGCGUACACGCGCCCAUUCGUGCCGGAGAUGGACGUCGGCAAGGCCUACUACAGCCUGUACACACUUGUGUACACCAUUGUGUACGCCGCUGGUCUCGUCAACGCCAGUGUCAACUUCUUUGUGUAUUAUAAUGUCAGUACUAAGUUCCGGGAGGUGUUUCUCUCCGUGUUUUGUGGUAAGACCACAAAGUCGAAGUGA